AUGAAGACGUCAUUGGAACUUCAUUCAAGCACCGUGGUCGCGUCGGCAGUGAACCAAGAUGGCCGCUCAAGCUCCCUCACCGCCCCUAACGGACCCUCGCAACAGCGUGUUAUUCGCAGCUGUCUAGGGUCUGCUAAAACGGAUCCAGGUGCGGUCGACGGUCUCGAGAUGCACGGAACCGGCACGCCACUUGGCGAUCCAAUCGAAGUGGGCGCUGCCCACGCAGUGCUCGUGGAACACACACACGAUUCGCGGCUCACGGCGCUUGUUCUUUCGGCCAUGAAGUCUUGCAUGGGCCACACCGAGCCCGCUGCAGGUGCAGUCGGCCUUGCAAACGCCGUGAUCGGUGUUGGGUGCAGCCUCGUACGACCCAUCGUCCAUCUGACUGGCAUCAACCCACAUCUU